AUGAAUGGAUUGGUUCAGACACGUCAACUCCGAAGGUCAGGUACUUUGAGAACUGCUUUACUCUUGUCUUGCUGCGAACGAGACUAUUCUGGUUUCAGCGAUAGGAAUCUGUCUUACAGAGAGAGAUUGAGAAGUGGGCUUUUAGAUAUUAAGGAAGAUGAUGCUGUUGAUCUGUUCCAAUCCAUGAUUAGGUCUCGUCCUCUUCCCACUGUCAUUGAUUUCAAUAGAUUGUUUAGUGCUGUUGCCAGAACAAAGCAGUAUGAUCUCGUUUUAGUUCUCUCCAAGCAGAUGGAGUUGAUUGGGAUUGCGUAUGACUUGUACUCUCUCAAUAUUGUCAUCAAUUGUUUCUGUCGGCGUGGUAAAGUUUGUUUCGCUUUUUCUGUUUUGGGGGAGAUCCUGAAACUUGGCUACGAGCCUGACACUAUCACAUUUUCAACUCUACUCAAUGGCUUAUGUCUCAAGGGCCGAGUUUCCGAAGCGGUUGAGUUAGUUGAUCGAAUGGUAGAAAUGGGACAUACGCCCAAUGCCAUUACAAUCAGCACUUUGGUCAAUGGACUUUGUCUCAAUGGUAAAGUCUCUAAAGCUGUGGUUUUGAUCGAUCAGAUGGUGGCUAAUGGCUGUCAACCCGAUGAAGUUACAUAUGGACCGGUUUUAAAUGUGAUGUGCAAGUCCGGGAAAACUGCCUUGGCCAUGGAGUUGCUCAGAAAGAUGGAAGAAAGAAAGAUGAAGCUCGAUGCAGCCAUAUACACUAUCCUCAUUGAUGGGCUUUGCAAAGACGGGAGCUUCCACGAUGCACUCAACCUUUUCAACGAAAUGGAAGUGAAAGGUUUUAAAGCAGAUGUUAUUACCUACACCACUCUCAUUAAAGGCUUUUGUAAUGAUGGUAGAUGGGAUGAUGGUGCGCAGUUGCUCAGGGAUAUGAUCACAAGGAGAAUCACCCCUGACGUUAUUACCUACACCACUCUCAUUAGAGGCUUCUGUAAUGCUGGUAGAUGGGAUGAUAGAGGAUGGGCAUGCGCCAGACGGUUGUACAUACAACACUCUAAUCCGAGCACAUCUCCUAGUUAG